CUCGACGACUCCAUUCCCCAGCAUGUCUCUCACCUACGGCACGGGCGGCGCGACGGCCGCCCUGGGCGUGGUCGCUUUGUACAUGCUCUUCAACAACGAGGGUGAAGCCUUCAACGUCGGCGCAUUCCUCGAGAGCGUCUCCCCGUACACAUUCGCGAGUUUGGGCAUCGGGCUCUGCAUCGGUCUCUCCGUUGUAGGAUCAGCAUGGGGCAUCUUCACAACGGGCGUGUCCAUUAUCGGCGGUGGUGUCAAGGCUCCCCGGAUACGAACGAAGAACUUGAUCUCCAUCAUCUUCUGCGAAGUCGUCGCCAUCUACGGCGUCAUCAUGGCCAUCAUCUUCUCCUCCAAGCUGUCGCAGGUGACUGACCCGGAGAAACUGUACUCUGGAAACAACUACUUCAGCGGAUACGCCCUCUUUUGGGCUGGUCUGACCGUGGGCAUGUGCAACCUGAUCUGUGGUGUCUCGGUAGGCAUCAACGGAAGUAGUGCGGCGCUGGCAGAUGCUGCAGACCCGCAGAUGUUCGUCAAGAUCCUCGUCAUUGAGAUCUUUAGCUCCAUUCUCGGGCUUUUUGGCUUGAUCAUUGGACUGCUCAUGCAGAGCAAUGCCAAGGAUUUUGAAUGAACGCAGCUUCUGUGUUCUGGGUCCAUCUGGUCGUACUAGAGAAUAGUAGCAGACUCGGUCAAUCUCGAAAGGUGCCUAAGAGAGAAGAUGCGCAUCAGACAUGUGCACAUGAAGCUUGGUAGGGUGGUCUUGAGGAUUUUGUGGAAACCGUACGAUGUACAGAGGGAAGGCGCGUGUAUAAUGCAUGUAUCAUGGCGGGUGUUGGCGUUAAAUACCAAAGAUUUGGUUUACUAGCAUACAAUUCAAGUUUGUCGUUUG